UGAAUCCAGAUGUAAUUAUUGAAAGAAGACGAUGGAAGUCACUCGUAAAACCAAGAGGCCAAGAUCGCGGCGCCUUUGUGAGCACUGCAAUACCGUACUCUCUCAUUCACAGUAUUAUUACCAUAAGAAACGGUUUUUAAGCAACAGCGUGGAAGAAAACAAUCCCGCAAGAUCAAAAGAUGUGCAGGAUGUUCUGACUUUGGAUGGUCCUGUCGCUUAUGCACCGUCGAUGCUUGAAGACCAAGAACUGACCGUGGUUGGAGUUGGAGAUUGUGAUGAGACUGUAAUAAUGCAUCCCGAAGACCCAGACAGAGGGGAGGCGAUGGAGGAAUCGGAUGAUAUGGAACCACUAUCUGACAAUUCAGACAACGAUGAAACAGAAGAUGGGCAGAGCAUUCACCUUUUCCUUGACUCCAGCAGUUCAGCUUCAGAGCAAGACCAGUGUUCAGGAUGAAGAGGAGGAAAGCUUUGCUGAGCUGGAGGAGCAGAGCAAAACUGAUCCUAGCUUGUAUUAUAAUAAAGGAGAUGUAAAUGAUCAGGCUGAAGAAAAAAAAGAAGACUUGCUGAUGUAACUUCUGGCCAUGAUGAUUUUGUCAUGGCAAACAACCUUCAAGAUUUCCGACAAUGCCGUUACAUCACUUCUUCUGUGCAUCAAACAAUUCAUGUGGAUAAUUGCCAAUGUCCUCUGUGCCGAUUCCCUAAAUGCCUUUGCCAACAAUAUUCCAAAAACUUUAUUCUCUUUGAGGAGAUGGGCAGGUGUUUUCCUUGACAACUUCUUACAGUAUGUGGUGUGUCCAAAAUGUAUGACAGUGUACACUGUGGAUGAAACCUUUGAACUGAGACAAGUUGGAACCAGGGAAUGCAAGACAUGCGGAUACAUCAAAUUCUACAAGCACCUAAUUGCUGCAAAGAGAAAGAAAUGUGGCUCUGCCUUGCUUAAAAGAGCUAAAUCUGCCAAGGGUAAAGAGUAUGUCUAUCCCAUCAGACCUUACUGUUACAAAACCGUUGUACAGUCUUUGGAAGCACUUGUUAGAAGACCGGGAUUUCAAGAGAAAUGCGAAGAAUGGCGGAAGCGGAAAAUACCUGAAGGAGUGUUAGGGGAUGUGUAUGAUGGACAAGUGUGGCAUGAUUACCAGUAUGUGGAUGGACAGCCUUUUCUGGCAGAGCCUAAUAAUUUGGCCUUGAUGCUGAAUGUGGACUGGUUCCAGCCUUUCGAAAAUGCACCAUAUUCAGUAGGAGCAAUCUACCUGGUUGUUUUGAAUCUACCACGUGAAGACCGUUUUAAAGUGGAAAAUAUGAUUCUUGUUGGACUAAUACCAGGCCCAAAAGAACCAUCCCUGAACAUAAAUUCUUUUUUAGAACCCUUGGUUGAUGAGCUCCAAGACCUUUGGAGUGGAGUUACUUUGCAAGAUAGCUCCUUUAUAGGGCACCAGGUGUACAGGGCAGCUCUGCUUUGUCUGUCUUCAGAUAUCCCUGCGACUCGAAAAUGUGGAGGCUUUGUUGGACAUGGAGCAUAUAGAGGCUGCCACAAGUGUUUGAAGAUGUUCAAGAAGAAAGUGUCUGCAGGUGAAACAGACUACUCAGAGUUUGAGCGGUCCUCAUGGGAGCCACGCACAUCAAAAGAUCACAAACACUAUGCUGGAUUAUCUAAGAGGGCAACGACCAAGACAGAGCAGAAGAGAAUUGAACACAAGUAUGGAGCCAGAUGGUCAGAACUGUUCCGUUUGAGUUACUACGAUGCCAUCAGAUUUGUUGUCAUAGAUCCAAUGCACAACCUUCUCCUAGGUACAGCAAGACAUGUGUUCCGACUUUGGGCAGAACUGGGAAUUUUAUCAACAAAGAACCUUGAUGAACUGCAAAGAAGAGUGGAAAACAUCAAAGUACCCAAUGAGGUUGGAAGAAUCCCCUUACAGAUUGCUACCGGUUUUACAGGAUUUACAGCUGAUCAGUGGAAAAACUGGACUACCAUUUACUCACUGUUUUGUCUGAAAGGGCUGAUCAGUAACAGUCACUAUGACAUGUGGUGCGACUUCGUUCAGGCUUGCAUCAUACUCUGCUCCAGAGUCAUAUCCAUCAAUAGACUGGAAGUGGCAGAUAGACACCUGCAGACAUUUCUCUCAAAAUUUGUCAAACUGUUUGGCCCACUGCACUGCACCCCUAACAUGCAUUUACAUCUCCAUUUAAAGGAGUGUAUGUUGGACUACGGACCAGUUUAUUCAUUUUGGUGUUUUUCAUUUGAGCUUUUAAAUGGAACACUGGAGAAAUUUCAUCACAACAAUAGAAGAAUUGAAGUCCAGAUUAUGAGGAAAUUUCUGCAGAAUCAACAACUUAGCAUGCCAUGGACAUGUCAGUAUGGGGCUGAAAUUGCUAAGAUUUUGCAUUCACAAAUACCUGGGACUGUGUUUCUUAAUGACACAACUGAUAUGCUUUAUGUAAAGCACAGUGCUUUGGUGUCUGCAGAAAAACUUCUCUUGGAAGAGUGUACAGCGGUGCCUCUGUCUCCAUUCCACCAGACAAUCUUAAAUGAGUCCGACAGGCAUGCAUUGUUGAACAUGUAUCAUCAGAUGUUCCCUGAAAAUGGUAUAACUGAUGUUGACUGCUUUGCCAUGACAUGCAACAGGGUAACACAUCAUAAUGUGACUUACUCCAUAGAUGGAUCCAGAGCAGAAAGGUCAGCACAUGUAUAUGCUAAGUGGUGUCGCGACACUAACAGUUUUGAGGAACCUGUCAUUGACCCUUUAGCAGAACCACGGCCAGCCGUUAUAAAGCAGUUCAUAGUUGUCAAUGUUGUGUCAAAAUGCAGUACAUUUAAACAUGUUGUUGUACAAGUUUCUUGGCUCAAUCCCCACCCAGACAGACAUUUUUAUGGCAAGCCAGUAGAAGUUUGGUGCAUGCAGGGAACAGACACCUCAUUCCCAGCAUCAUUUCUACCUGUGGAGCGCAUUGCUGGAAGAUGUGUUGUGCACACAUCCACUGUCUGUUUAAGCAGGACAACUGAGAAGGUGACUGUUGUACUGCCACUCUGCACAGUGGUUGAAAUCUAGAUUUAGUAUCUAGGGCAGUGCCUCUAGAAAUGAGGGGAUUCUUCAUUUAAGUCUUUACAUUUUAUCAAACUUUGUAAACAACUUCAUGCUUUUUGUCUGGCAUACUUUUCAAAUAAUAAAGAUUU